UGUUGAUGUGCAAACGGGAAAAAAGAGAAAACCGUCCAGAGUCACAAUGUGUGACAGUCAGUGCCAUGCACAGCUGAAGAUAAGGGGGAAAGGAGCCACUGGAGGAGUAAUUAAAGAAGAUAUCAGAAGCUUUUCAGGAAUUUGCAUAAAAUUCAAGCUUUGGAAUCAUCCAUCUUCUGCGUGACUUAAAUGCCUGUUUGGAUCAUUACUUUUUUGAGCACCUUAGAAUUAUUAUUACUAUGUGGGACUUAAACUGGAAUUUAACCUGGUUGGACAGCUGAUAACCAACUGGUUUAAACUGCAAAGAGUGAAGAUGAACUAUGGGAAAUCCACGUUCGCAAUCAUCUGAGAUGCAGAUGGAGGAAAGGCUGGAGGAAUGAUGGCUGACAAGACUAGCCCCAUGAUAACCUCUGAUCAUUCAAUUUCUAAUUUUUCCACUGGGUUAUUUGGGCCCCAUCCCACAGUCCCCCCUGAUGUGGGCGUCGUCACAAGCUCCCAGUCUCAAAUGAAAGACUUGUUUGGGUUGUUCUGCAUGGUAACGCUGAACCUCAUAGCAUUGUUGGCCAACACUGGCGUGAUGGUGGCUAUUGCUCGUGCCCCUCACCUCAAAAAGUUUGCAUUUGUGUGUCACCUCUGUGCAGUGGAUGUGCUGUGUGCCAUCCUCCUCAUGCCUUUGGGAAUCAUAUCCAGCUCCCCCUUCUUUGCCACUGUAGUCUUCACCAUUCUGGAAUGUCAAGUUUACAUCUUCCUCAAUGUUUUCCUCAUUUGCCUGUCCAUUCUCACCAUCACAGCCAUCAGUGUGGAACGUUAUUUCUAUAUUGUACACCCCAUGAGAUAUGAGGUCAAAAUGACCAUAAACCUUGUUAUUGGUGUCAUGCUCUUGAUCUGGUUCAAGUCCCUUCUCUUGGCUUUGGUUACGCUUUUUGGUUGGCCACCUUACGGUCAUCAGAGCUCCAUUGCAGCCUCUCAUUGUUCUCUGCAUGCCAGUCACAGUCGGUUGAGAGGAGUCUUUGCCGUUCUGUUUUGUGUGAUCUGCUUCCUGGCUCCUGUGGUGGUUAUUUUUUCUGUUUACUCCGCUGUGUACAAAGUAGCCCGCUCUGCAGCUUUGCAGCAAGUUCCCGCUGUGCCAACAUGGGCAGAUGCAAGUCCUGCCAAAGAUCGGUCAGACUCCAUCAACAGCCAGACCACGAUCAUCACCACCCGCACUUUACCCCAAAGACUAUCCCCAGAGAGGGCCUUCAGUGGAGGCAAAGCUGCUCUCACCUUGGCAUUCAUUGUUGGCCAGUUCUUAGUUUGCUGGCUGCCUUUUUUCAUUUUCCACCUUCAAAUGUCCCUCACGGGGUCCAUGAAGAGCCCUGGAGACUUGGAGGAGGCAGUCAACUGGCUUGCCUACUCCUCAUUUGCAGUCAACCCAUUCUUCUAUGGGCUGUUGAACAGACAAAUCAGAGAUGAACUGGUCAAGUUUCGACGUUGCUGCGUGACCCAACCUGUGGAGAUCGGGCCAUCCAGCCUAGAGGGCUCGUUUCAGGAAAACUUUCUUCAGUUUAUUCAAAGAACCAGCAGCUCAUCAGAAACUCAUCCAAGUUUUGCCAACUCCAAUCCCAGAAACAUGGAGAACCAAGCUCACAAGAUUCCUGGGCAAAUACCAGAGGAGCAGGCUUAGACUUUGAACUGUGCAAAUCAUGGAAUUCAGAGCUAAUUUGUGGACCUUUCCUUUUCUGGAUUUGUUGAUCAAUUGACUUUGAGAAACAGGCUCUCAUGGGUGAAAACGUCUCUGAAUGAAUACAUGCUCUGAAAUUUCAAUUCAUCCAGCAGAGAUUUUGACCAAUGACUGUGAAGGUGUACCCUGGAUUUAUCUGCAUAAAACACAGUGUUGUGUUGUACUUUGAACAUUUGGAUUAGAACUUUACCAAUAUGUGGGUUUGUCUCACUUUAGUCUUUCAGGUUAAUGCAUGUGUGUAUAAUAUAUCCUAUUAGUGUCCAAAUUCAAAUUAUCAAAAGUGUUGAAAAGCCCUUUUAUGAUCAAAGAAUGACAUUAUAAUAAAGCAGCGUGCUGUGAUUCUCUUCUAUCAUUAAACCAUUCCUUCCUA